AUAAGUAUAUUUCUAGAUAACAUUGUUCACACAAAUCAGUGCGAUGUUUGCUGACAAUCAAAAUGGCUGAUUUUAAGUUAUUUUUAGUAAUUGUUUCGUGUUCUUUGUUUUAUUUUGUGGGAAGUAAUGAUGUGUUGUGUGAACCUGGAUUUUGUAGGACAUACCGCUUCGAGGAAGGCUGCGCAGAGCCUGCGAUACACUGCAACGUGAACAACGCGACGCACAGGGGAUUGAGGAUGCGUUCGCCAACCAUAUGCAACUGCUGUGACUACUGCCUCGUUUUCUAUGGGGAAGGUGAGCACUGCUCAACGGGCGGUCCCGGCAUGGGCACCACGAUAGGAAGAUGUGGAGACGGUCUCACUUGCACUGCUGAUGAAGACUCGUGGACCACUUGCACUAGAAUGAAGUCAGAAUGCCAUACCGCGCAAGAUACCUACGAUGAUCGGGAGGAAAAAGGUCUGAUAGGCUCCCUGGAGCAGAGGCCGCACUGCGAUGGAAGAGGGAUGUUCGCUCCUUACGAGUGCAUACCUGCACACACAUGUUUCUGCCAAUCUGAAGAAGGAAACCGUAUAUUUGGUGAAGUGCUGAACUUAGGAGCUAUCACGACUCGGAAUUUGGAAUGCGGUUGUUCCCGUUUCCACGAGCGUCUAAAACAGCGGAUAUCGCCAGGAGUGCCGACCCCAGUGGUUGGGCCCCGAUGCACAUCUGAUGGGAACUUCUUCCCGAUCCAGUGCAUCGGCAGGACUUGCUACUGUGUCAAUAAACAGACUGGUGUCAUUGUAGAUGUCAGCGAGAGUAUUGAUCUUGAUACUCAUCCGAUUUCCGAGUUGCCUUGCUACGACAGAGAAACGGACUUAUUCCCGCAAUACUCAGAAGGCGAGCCUCCGUACAACUUCACGACUCCUUGCUUGGAAGACAUGCAGGAGAAGAUAGCUCUAAUCCUCAAGAGUGAAGAGGAAGGGUACAAUGUGGACUAUCACAAUACCUUCCCUGAGUGCUUGCCUGAUGGGACCUUUACUAGAAUUGCUAUGACUAGGACUGGGUCAAAAAUCUGUAUCGACGAGCGUGGUCACCAAAUUGACGACUAUGAAGCAUUGCCCACAUCAAGCGAUUUCGACACUAUGAAUUGCAAUUGUGCUCAAACAGCGAACAUAAUGAGGGCGUCGCCAGAAAGGCCAGUUUGUUGCAAGAACGGUAACUUCAGGAGGAUACAAUGUCGCCGAGGUAUGUGCCGCUGUGUGGAUGAAUAUGGAAGACAAACUGCUCAAGAACAAGCUGAUGUCACGAAGUUGGAGUGCUACACAGAUGACUGGAGAACUUGCUAGGAUAUUUUCAUAUGUAUUGUAAAAUAAUUAUGUGUAUAAUGUUAUAAAAGCAAUAAACCUUUUUACAUUUUA